AUGCGUUUGCAGGAGACGAAGGGCGUGACGACCCGCAUUACGACAAGCCGUAAACUGAUUUGUGAGGAGGGCAGGAUGGUGAAAUUUGGGCUUCAGUUCAAAGCAACUUUGGAAAAUAUUAGCAACGUGCGGCCGGAGGGAGAUGAUUUCCGCUGGUACCUGAAGUUAAAAUGUCAGAAUUGUGGAGAAUUGUCUGAUAAGUGGCAGUAUAUCACAUUAAUGAGCAGUGUUCCACUCAAAGGUGGGAGAGGAAGUGCCAGUAUGAUACAGAAGUGCAAACUGUGUUCAAGAGAGAACUCCAUUGAUAUUCUGAAGGAUACCAUCAAACCUUACAAUGCUGAUGACAGUGAAAAGUUUAAAACUAUAGUACACUUUGAGUGUCGAGGCUUAGAACCAGUGGACUUUCAACCACAAGCUGGAUUUGCUGCAGAAGGGACAGAGUCUGGAACAAAAUUUAGUGAGAUCAACCUGCUGGAAAAGGAUUGGAAUGAUUAUGAUGAGAAAAUUAAGGAAUCUGUGGGAAUCUAUGAAGUCACUCAUCAAUUUGUUAAAAUUUGAACUGGACUCUGAUGGAUGUUUGCUGGCUAAAGAUUCUGACAUACACUAAAAAGAACUAAGGCAGAGAAGCAAAUACGUCAGAUUUCAUCUGGCAUAUGCUUGCCAGUGAGUCAGUUCACCACCUUCUAUCAAGCCAAAGUUUAAUUACGUUUAAUAAAAAUUAUCACUGACCAGUUGAAACAGCAUGUACGUAAUGUCAUCCUUCCUGUCAUCCUAUGGAGGAUAUCUUCAUGCUUCUAGCUCUGCAGCAUUGAGGUUACCAGCAGCAUGCCUGCAGCAUUUUUCCAGGAGUCAACAAAUAAACCUUGCCGCAACCAAGUGUUAAGAUAAUUUCGGUAUUUACUUUAUUGCCAUCUUUUGUUUAUUUUUGUUCAUUCAUGUGUAUCAUGUUGACACACGUAAUCUAGACAGUAUCCAGGCUUAUGCUGACAAGUGGCAAAUAAUAUUUGUGCCACACAAAUGCCAAGCAAUGACCAUCUCACCACUGCCCUUUGUUGUGAUGUUACCAUCACUGAAACCCCUACUAUUAACAUCCUAAAUGUUUACCAUUGACCAUAAAUUGAACUGGAUUGCCACAUAAACACAGUGGCUACAAGAGUAGCUGAGGCUAAGAAUACUGGGAUGAGUAAUUCACCUCCUGACUCCCCCAAAGCCUGUCCACCAUCUACAAGGCACAGGUCAAGAGUGUGAUUGAAUACUCCACACUUUUUGGAUGCGUGCAACUCCAACAACACUCAAGAAGCUUGACACCAUGCAGGACAAAUCAGCCCCCUUGACUGCCACCACAUUCACUCCCUCCACCAUGGACUCACAGCAGCAGACGUAUAUCUACAAAAUGCACUGUAGAAAUUCGUUGAAGAUCCUCAGUCAGCAUCUUCUAAACCCAUGACCACUUCUAUCUAGAAGGAUAAGGGUAGCAGAUACUGGGAACACCACCACCAGCAAGAUCACCUCCAAGUCCACUCACCAUUCUGACUUAGAAAUAUAUUGCCACUCCUUCACUGCUGGGUCAAAAUCCAGGAAUACCCUCCCAAAACCAUUGCGGGUCAACCUACAGCACAUAGAUUGUACAGUUCAAGAGGCUGUUUAUUACCACCUUGUUAAAAUGGCAACUAGGGAUAGGCAAUAAAUCCUGGUCAAAAUGUGACACCUACAUUCCACAAAUGAAUUUUAAAAACUGCAUAUUUGCCAAUCAAGCAGAGGACAGUAGAGGAAAGAUAUAGUUGGCAUUGUCCCAGCAGACCAUAGACCUGCUCUCUGAGAUGACUGGUGGUGAUUUAAUUUGAGGGUCACCAGGCCUCUGGCAAGGGAAGAGGCCGAGAAGGAAACGUCCUUCAUGGUAGCCUCAACCAGUACUGGAAUUGAACUUAGUGUUGGUAUAACUCCACAUUGCAAAUCAGCUGACUGGCAAAAUGAGCGAACCCAAAAUUAUAUGAAGCUAAUCAGAAUGCAGGUUGGCUAAUCAUAGAUGGGGUGGUCUGUGUUCAUUUUUAUCAUUUGUUCACAGGAUGUUUGCAUAGUGGCCAAAGCUUGUUUAAUGGCACUUGUGUCAUCACUGUUGAUUGUUGUAAAAACCCAUUUGCUUCACUGACAUCCUUUAAAAAGGGAUAUCUGUCAGCCUUAUCUGCUGUUAUCUACAUGUGACUCUAGACCCAAAACAGUGUGGUUGAUUCUUAACUGCCUUAAGCACUGGUAGAAUAAAUGAUGUCUAUGUUCCUAUGAAUCAAUAAAAGUAUAGGUGGUCAUCUCCAAGA